AUGUUCUGCCGGGCUCGUCGGCCUCUGGCUCGCCUGGCAUAUUCUUUUGCGACGCGGAGGUCCAACAUUUCUUAUUCUGCUGUUCGUGGAGCCAAAACCAAGAGCACUAUCAAAUUUCAGGAACUACCACAAGGCCUUCUCACUCCCACUUCGCUACCUGCAGUCGAAGAACACCCAGACGAUCAAACUCCAGCCUAUCCUCGUGUCAUACAACAACAUCUGAACCAUGUCAGCAGAUUCAGCGAUUGUGUUGUACUUACUCGUAUAGGCAAUUUCUACGAGCUCUAUGGCGAGCAAGCCGAACAAUAUGGUCCUCUCCUCAACCUCAAGGUAGCCCAAAGGAAAACCGCUCUUGGUCCAGUAGCCAUGGCGGGCUUCCAAUACACUCAGCUGGAUCGCUUCUUGAAGUCUCUUGUCCAGGGCUUGAACAAACAUGUUGCCAUUAGCGAAGAGGUUCGGAACUCUGCCGCUGACCAAGUUAAGAAUGGCGGUUUGCUCUACAAUCGGAAAGUAUCCCGUAUUGUUACUGCCGGCACUUUGAUUGAUGAAACCUUUGUCGACCCUUUCGAGAACAANUUUUUAUUGAGCAUACAUGCCAAUCUUGACACAACAGACAUUGUCUCUGCAUCGCCAGAUGCAUACGUGGGUCUUACAUGGGUAGAUCUCUCAAGUGGUGAUUUCUUCACUCAACGCACCGAACUAGCCUCCCUCGGCUCCGUCAUUGCUCGCAUAGGAGCCCGUGAGAUUGUCUUAGACUCCAGCUUUGAACGAGUUGAUCGAACUCAGCUAGAUCGACUCUUGGGUGACGGNGGGCAUGCUGUGACAUAUCACAACCCAGACCCAAACUUUGUCUCCAUUGAUCAUUGGGCUUCUAUGUUAGAAAAGCCUGUUUCGAAAGAGGAAUCGCGUUCUUUCUCGACGCAAGAGGUGCAGGCGGGCUCAUUGCUAUUAGAUUAUGUCAAAGGCAGGUUGCUCGAACUGAACGUGUCCUUGAGAUGUCCUAUUCGCCGCAAUCAAGGCGAUUAUUUGAGCAUCGACAAACAGACCUUGAAGGCUCUAGAGAUCCGAUCUACCCUCCGAGACGGACUCUUUCAGGGCAGUCUGCUGCAUGCGGUUCGGAGGACAACGACUAAGAGCGGAGCCAGAUUGUUGAGUCAGAGGCUAGAGAUCAACGGCCGUUUGGAUUUGGUUACGGAGCUGCUCGAGCACGAUCAAUUGCGCGAAGAGACCAUGUCUGCGCUACGAAGAACGACAGAUGUUCUGCGGCUGCUGCAGAGGUUCUCGAUCGGCAANGGGGACGCAGAUGAUCUUCUGGCUCUUGCCAGAACAAUACAGAUCAUCAACCAGAUUGUGAGCAUGAUGAACACACAUCUGCCUCAACGUAAGGGUGAUAUCGACUCUCUUCCAUCUUUGCCUUUGAGAGCAUUGGUAAAUCGUCUUGAUUUGGAUGGUCCUUCGAGACUCGCAACUCGUAUUCUAGAGGCGAUAGAUGAAGAGGGCUUGUCUCAACAGCAUUUGGCCGAAGAGGCAGAAGCGGUCGGUGUUGCCGAACUAGCAGAGCAGAUUGUCGAGACAGAGGCAACUCAGUCCAAACCCACGAAGAACGGCAAAUCCAAUGUUAAGAAGGCAGCGGUAGUUCCAGAUCUCAAUGCUGGAGAAUUUUGGAUUAUGCGUAGGAGUGCCAGUACAACCUUGAGACAAGGGCAUCAAAAUCUCGACGACAUCAUGCAAGAAAAAGCACAACUCUAUGAACGUUUGCGAGAAGAAAUAGGUAAUACAUUGGCACUCAAAUGGACUCCACAACUGGGGCAUUUCUGUCACGUCAGGGGCAAAGACGUUCGAGCAGAGAUCCCAGAGGCAAGAAAUAUCAGCUCGACCAAGAGUACUAGAGCCUUUUAUCUCCCGGAUUGGUCACACUUAGGAUCACGAUUGGAAGACGCAAAACUUCGUAUUCGUACAGAAGAGCAGAGAGUUCUCAAUGAUCUUCGCAAGCGGGACNNUACACAUAAAAUUGUUGGCGGUCGUCAUCCUACGGUAGACAUAGGUCUCCAAGAGCAAGGUCGCCUNUUUACCGCCAACGACUGCACUGUUGGUGGUGAACAAAGCAUCAUCUUGAUUACAGGGUACGCUGCCCACCUGAUCUUGUUGAUCAUCGUAUUGACCUAUUGCACAGGNCCUAAUAUGGCAGGAAAGAGUACCUAUCUAAGGCAAAACGCCCUGAUUACUAUUCUAGCCCAGACUGGUUGCUUUGUUCCUGCAGACUAUGCAGAAAUAGGGUUGGUGGACAAGAUCUUCAGCAGAUCAACUUUUAUGGUGGAGAUGCUCGAGGUGGCCGAGAUCCUAAAUCAAGCCACUCCACGAUCAUCANNGAUCAUCAUGGAUGAAGUCGGUCGAGGAACAACUCCCGAAGAUGGUGUCGCCGUAGGCUAUGCCUGUCUGCAUCAUCUGCAUAAUACAACUCAAUGCCGCACAUUAUUUGCAACUCACUUCCAUUCUCUGGUUGAUAUGACCAAGAACUUUGAACGCCUGGCUUGUUACUGUACAGACGUUGCAGAAGAGAAGGAUGGCUCAUGGGUCUAUGUUCAUAAGCUGCGAGAAGGCGUAAAUAGGAGCUCGCAUGCCCUCAAGGUUGCGAAGCUUGCUGCAAUUGCCGUGGCUAAAAGUGUCCUGGAUGGCUUUGAGCACGAGAGAAAAAGUUCGUCGUAA